GGCGCUUCAGGUACUUCCAGGUGCAGUUGAUGAAACAGCAAGCUGACGUCUGCGUAGCCAGUUGCAUACCUCUGACAAACUAAAUGGUAAUAAAGUAACAUUUUCGACUGUUAUUGGGAACGACGUGUGCAGAGAAAGCGACGGCGGAAGGCUAUUUUCCGGCUUGAGAGAGGAGGAGGGGGAAAGUUUGGCUCAUGGCUCUGCUUUUAGCUGCUUUAUUAAUAGUCUGCGGAAUAUCGAACAAGGCCAUCGUCAUCGGUCAGACCUGUGUGGAUGAGAGCAGGUUUAAGGAGCAGGUGGCUUAUUUAGGGCCUUCAUAUGUACUGCAGUGUCCUCUGCAGACACUUCAGCCUCAGAGUCUCCCCCGAUCCCUGUGGACCUGGCAGAAGGACUGUCAGCCGCUCCAGAAUCAGGAAGGGAACGCCUUCCUGAAGUUCUCCAGCAUCCGUUUAGAGGACCAAGGAAACUACACUUGUACUCAGCAUGGAAACAGUACUCCAUCAUUCACUGUGCGCCUCGUAGUAAAGGAGUCUCAGUGUGUAAAAGCUCCAGAUUUUAAACCAAACGGCGACCCAACCAAACUCUGGAGGAGUGUGGGCUCUGUUGUGAAACUGAACUGCACUGCUCUGCUCUACUGGGACCCAUCAGAGGAGCAGUGUGAAACCACACUACAGUGGAGCAAAGAUGGCCAGCCACUCACCAACCACACUCUCUACCUGCACAACACAACAUCAUGGUUCCCCGAUGCAGGCCAUCUGGUUGUCAGCAAUCUCUUGGAGUUCACCCUUAGAGAGGCAGAGGAUUUUGGACUUUACAGCUGCACCGUGAGGAACAUUUCUGCUGACUUCAGCGUGCAAAAUUCAAACAGUCCCAGCCACACAGCUGCAGUGAUUGCAGCCAUCUUCCUCCUCCUCCUGCUGGGGAUAGCAGCCGUGGUUUACUCCAGGUGCCACCUGAAUUUCAAGCUCUGGUACAAGAACUCCUAUGGAGACUAUGAACUCAAUGAUGGAAAAUUAUACGACGCCUAUAUCUCUUAUGUCAACAAUGAUUAUGACAGGAAGUUCAUCAACUUUAUCCUCAAACCUCAUCUGGAGAAUAGAAAUGGGUACAAGGUGCACCUCAAUGACAACGAUAUCCUGCCUAACACUGAGCCUUCAGCAGAGCUCCUAAUGAACAUAAGCCGCUCGCGCCGCCUGAUAGUGCUUCUCUCUAACGCUUAUCUUGAGCAGGACUGGUGCACAAAUAAUUUCAGACAGGGCCUUCUUCACUUGCUGGAGUUAUGUCAGCAGCCCAUCCUGAUCACGUUGGAGGGUCAGUUCAAACGCAUGAGUCCUGAGAUAAAGCAGCAGCUCAGUGAGAACGAGCACCGCCUCACCUUACUCACCUGGAGGCACAACUCUGUGACUCCUUCAUCAGCAUUCUGGAAGGAGCUAGCGUUAGCAAUGCCUCGCAGAGUCAUUUUCCACAAGGAUUCUGCAGGCGACCCCCAGACUGUACUGCAGGAUGAUAAGGACCCCAUGCUGACCCUUGACCCCGACUACUUGGACUGUCGCUCGGACACCGACCCUGCUGGAGAUUUGGGUCUUCGUCUUCCGAUGCACAGGGCUCUGGCCUGUAAAGCUCCCGUCCUUCCUGCUGCUCCUGUCGAGGAAACUCAAGUAAGAGCCUCCGAUAUCGACGUCUCAGAUCUGGGAACUCGCAGCUAUGAAGCACGUUCAGAUUUCUACUGCCUGGUCACCGAGGACAUUUAAUUCCUGCUUAUAUUUAAAAUUCAUUACUAUGUAUUUAUGCUUCUUGUAGCUGUUUUUUUUCCCUUUUGCUAUAGAUUAAUCAAAAUGCCAAUUUGUUAAUUAUCACAGAUUGAGCUUUUUAUGUUUUUCAGUUUUGUGACAUUGUGAAGAUGAGAAACACUAAAAGAAAAUUUUGGUUGAAUUUUGUAAAUAUUUAUUUUCUUUUAGUGUCUACAGGAGAAAGUAAAGAUAUAAAGACUUUGCUAUUUAAAUACUGUCAUCAUUUCAAAUGAAUGAAUCAAAAAUAUGUGAAACAAAACACCGGAAAGAUCAUCUUCAAUUACAGAAUUAAGGUACCUUUCUGUCCUCAUGGAAAGCAAAUUACCUGCAGUGGAAAAAACAGACUAAAUAUGGGUGCAGCACAGAACAUUUCAUUUUGUUCCUGUCCUAGCAGGAGCAAAUAUGUAAACAGGGUGUGGCCAGCGCUUAAGCACUUCAGUGCUUGUUUCAACAAACUGCAUAUAUGAAUAAGAAAUUCUCACUUAACUUUUUCUCCCAGUGUCUUUUUAUUAGUUAAAAUUGGAUGAUACAUGUGAUGGUAUAAAGCACACAAAAGUACAAAACCCACAUAUUUGACACCAACUACACUGAACAUUAAUCUUUAAAAAUCAUGUUUAUUCCCCCAAAAUAGAUUCUAUAUACAAAAUUUAAGUUUUUGUGUCUAUUAAGAAACGAGUCUCAAAGGUGCUCAUAUGCAACAUUCAUCUCAUUUAAAAAUCUCAACUGAAAAUA